CGAUUCCUCGCCUUCUUGGUAUAGCGCAUGGAAUGUAGCCACUAUCUCGUCGCUAUCGCGCCUUCUGCAACUCGCUUUGGUAGUUCUUGCGUAAUUCAAUUUCAAAUACCAUAAAAAGUUAAUCUAAUUGUUUAUUCUACAAUAUUUAACUGAAAGCCAAGCAAGAGUCAUGCCAUCAGACUCCAAGAAAAGGCAGCAAGCCAAGAAAAAAGAAGCAGCAAAGUCAAGAGGCCAAAAGAAAUCACAGAAAGAAAUUGAAACUGAUUCAAAAAUUGUUAACGGAACAACGAAUGGCGUGAAAGCGGCGACAAACGGCGUAGAUCGGCUGGCGCUUGACGACCACUCACGCGCGUGCACGGGCGCGCUCGGCUCGCACCCGCGCAGCCUCGACUUCAAGCUGAUCGGCUUCUCCGUCACCUUCCACGGACAGGAGCUGCUCGUCGACACACACCUCGAGCUGAACUGUGGUCGCCGGUACGGCCUCAUCGGGCUCAAUGGCAGCGGGAAGUCAACGUUGAUGUCGGUGCUGGGACAUCGAGAAGUGCCCAUACCCGAUCACAUUGACAUCUAUCACCUGAAGCACGAGAUUGAGGCGAUGGACAAGACAGCGCUCGAGAGUGUGGUUGACGUGGACAGUGAGAAGAAGAGACUGGAGCACGAAGCAGAAGAACUUGCCCACUGCGAGGAUCACGAGGCGCAUGAUCAGCUGUUGGAGGUUUACGAGAGGUUAGAAGAGCUAGACUCUGACAAGGCAGAGAUGCGGGCCGGCCGAAUUCUUCAUGGUCUCGGCUUCACAAGAGACAUGCAGCACACCUCCACAAAGAACUUCUCUGGUGGCUGGCGCAUGAGAAUAGCUCUCGCGCGUGCUCUAUACAUCCGACCACACCUGCUACUGUUAGAUGAACCCACCAAUCACCUCGACCUGGACGCCUGUGUGUGGCUUGAAGAGGAACUUAGAUCGUACAAGCGUAUCCUCAUGCUAAUCUCUCACAGUCAGGACUUUCUGAACGGCGUCUGCACGAACAUCAUCCACUUGCAGAAAAAGGAGCUGCGUUACUACGGCGGUAAUUAUGACCAAUUCAUGCAAACGAGAAUGGAACUGGAAGAGAACCAAAUGAAGAAGUUUCGCUGGGAACAAGAUCAGAUAGCUCACAUGAAGAACUACAUUGCCAGGUUUGGUCACGGCAGCGCCAAGUUGGCACGACAGGCUCAGAGCAAAGAGAAAACGCUCGCCAAGAUGGUGGCGGGUGGACUUACUGACAAGGUCGAAGAGGACAGAACGCUGUCCUUCUACUUCAAAGACUGCGGAACAAUCCCACCUCCCGUUAUCAUGGUUCAGAAUGUCAGCUUUAGAUACAAUGAUGCGAAGCCUUUUAUAUACAAAAAUCUUGAAUUCGGCUGGGAUCUGGAUACACGAGUGGCGCUUGUCGGUCCAAAUGGUGCUGGAAAGUCUACACUGCUCAAGCUGAUUCAGGGAGAUUUGGUGCCUACGGAAGGCAUCAUUAGAAAGAACUCGCAUCUAUCCAUAGGAAGAUACCACCAGGUUCGUCCACGUUCAAAGAGACAAUCCUCAAGGGACAUUGCCACACAUAUUCCUGAAGGCUGGUUUACAUGCUGCACAUCCAGGCUUAUAAGGUAUAACGGCUACCACUUAACAAGUGACUUACAAAUCAUGGUACAGAACAUCGGACGCGCCGCCGGCAAUUCAACGGUGAGUUAUACCGGCGGCAUCGUGCUAGUCAGUCACGACUUCCGUCUCAUCAACCAGGUCGCUGAGGAGAUCUGGGUGUGCGAGAAGCAGAAGGUGACAAAGUGGAAAGGUGACAUUCUCGGCUAUAAAGAUCACCUCAAGAAGAAGAUGCUGGCAGAUGAAGCCAAGCAAAAGUGAAUCUUGUUCUUGUAACUGAUGCAUUUUCACCGAACAGACAUUUCCAGCAGGUGGCGGCGACAGCUUUGCAUCUAGUUUGGUGCCCUCAGGUUGUAAGCGAUGGGCCAAGUGAGCGCUUCACAUGCUAGUCAAUCGAUUGCCUUGACGUUCGUACUAGACACACUAGGGUGUAAGUUUGUUGAAAAUGUGAUACCUGAAUCCAAUCCAUGAAUCGAUUAUUUAUUACCGGAAUCAGAGACUCUAAUAACUCAAAUAUGUAACAUGGCUAGGGUAUCUUUCACAUCGUUUCGAAUUAUUUAAGAAUCACAUGCACAUGACGCGGAAUGUGCAUAAUAGCUGGUAGAUGUCAACCGAGUCAUGCACACAUGUUGUUUUAGACUGAUGCUUUUAUGUGUAUGUGUAAAGCUGGGUUUAUUCUGUUCUCCUUUAAUCAGAAUACAGGCAAUGCAAUUUCAACAUUUUUUUCACCAAUUAUUCAAGUGAUUGGUUGAGUUCGCCACCUUUGAUUGACUGGUUGACAGGGUUACCACCUUGUAACACGUUCCAUUUAUCAUUUGUUUGUGUUUAUAAGUUAAAGAAGCAGCCAACUAGUUGGUCAGCUUUAAUCAGUAAACUUCCACGUUCCCAGUAAUUUAACUCGCUUAUUCAGCUGAGAACUAUUUCCAUCUCAGUUAUUAGUGGAAUCCCAGCUUAAUUUCGGUCUAUAAUAGAUUUCAUGUUUAUUAACGACAUAACACGGUCGUUGAAUUCGGUGUUUGCUAUUUGUUUACCAAACUAGCUGAAAUUUGACCAUAUGUUUACCUGUUUAUGUAUAUAAAUCCGUAAUCUCACAAGAGACAUAUCGUAAAAUACUCUUUCUUAUUUCAACAACCUAGCCAUCUUUACUUAGCGAAUCGAUAGCAUGUGAUUGUACUGCUGACUUCUGAUGCGUGCAUAUAAAUAGGCGUAGAAUUUCAUGCAUGGAAUGCUGUGCAAAUGAAUAUGCACAAAACGGAUGUGAUACGUCAGGAUCUCAUUGUUGCAUUUAGAUAUGUGACGAUUGCUUGUGUAGGGCUCUGAGAGGUGCAUCAUCUACAGGUUUAAUUCGUGCGAUUCACGUGAAUUAACCUGAUGUCUUGGUAUCCAAUAUCUGUACCGAUCUUUCACUCGAUUGAAUUGCACUGAUGUACUGCUGUGGUACCGGUGUGUACAGUCUUGAUAUUAAUGGUGUACGACCAUGAUUCUCAAAUGUGCAGCUGAGGUUGUCUUAUGUGUGGGCAUGAUUGUUAGGUGCACAACGAUAAAUUUCAUGUACAUAGCAACGGUCAUCAAGUGUUCAGUGUGUGAUCAUCGUGUGUGAUAUCAUGGUCAGGUGCGAAGGCAUGAUUGUCAGAUGUGCAGACAGGAUUUUCAUGUGUGCAGACAUGAUGGUCAGGUGUGCAAACAUGAUUGUCAGGUGUGAAGGCAUGAUUGUUAGGUGUGCAGAAAUGCUUGUCUGAUGGGAAGACAUGAUAGUCAUGUGUGCAGAUGUUAUAGUCGGGUGUGAAGGCAUGGUUGUUAGGUGUGCAGCCAUGAUUCUAAUGGGGUGCAGUCCGGAUUCAAAAAGAUACAAAAUAAAAAAAAUCAGAAGUGUAACCAAAGGUAAUGCCAACGUGCUUAGCCAGUACAGUGCACUGACUGCGCACACGCUUGCUUUUGGUUUUGUCGUAUUAAUUAUUUUAGGCAUUGCUUUUAUUUAAAUAUACCUAUUAAUUUACUGAAACCAUGAGAGAAACGCAUUUGAAAAUCCAAUAAAAAGAGUAAAAAGGCAA